AUGGACUGGAACAGAGGAGGUUCUCUGUCCCUCGCCUACACCUCGUCAGGUCCCCGCUUAAUAACGAGGCAGAGUGACCAUAGAAAACACGCCCGAGUGCGGUCUGCGCGGGUGGCCGAGGAAGAGCCUGCAGAUCUGGGGGAAGUUUCUAUCGUCAGAUCGCUUCGGCAGAGGCUCUCAGAGCAGUCGCAGGUACAGCAUCAGAUCGAGCAGCCGCAACCGCCGCCGAUGCGCACAGAGAACCGUCUGAUCGUGGUGAACCUGGUGUCUCGCGUGAGCUGGCAGUCGUGGGGACGUUCCAUAUCCUCUCCCACUCGCAGCGAGAGCCGGAGGUUUUGUGUGUUCUCCCGUGGCUUAGCCCACCCGGUGGCUCGCAAAGGUAGUAGUUUCCUCUCUUCCAACGCUGUUCACUCCUCUUGCCGAGGUACGGACGAGCCCUGCCGCCCCUGCGCUGGUCCUCUGGGGCACCUCUGUGCCCCACCGCCCUGUGGCCCCCAUCUGCACUUUUGA